AUGGCUUUAACCUACGAUGUCUUCCGCGGCUCUCCCGAGGGCAAGAUCGUCAGCGACAAAGUCUCUAGCGACCUCGAAUACAACGAAGUCUUCAUCGAGACCCUUGCAUCCGGCGUCUGCGGAACAGAUGAACACUACCUGAAGACAAGCCAAGUCCUGGGCCACGAAGGUGUGGGUAUCAUCAAGGCCAUCGGGCCCGGCGUGCGGACGGUCAAAAUUGGUGACCGCGUGGGAUUUGGUUUCACUCAUGGGAUCUGUGCGCGAUGCGAUAACUGCGCGAAAGAUAUGGACCAAUAUUGCCGAGAAAAGAAGCAAUACGGCACAAACGAUUUCAACAACGGCAGCUUCAGCUACGGCGCCGUCUGGGACGCAAACUGCGUAUUUCGCAUCCCGGACGAGAUAGAAACGGCCCAUGCCGCACCCCUGAUGUGCGCAGGGGCUACGGUAUGGACUGUUCUGACACGGUUCGACAUGCGCCCUGGUGAUCGAGUUGGCAUACAGGGCGUGGGCGGCCUCGGUCACCUGGCUAUCAAGCUAGCUGCUGCGAUGGGGUACCAUGUCGUCGUGCUCUCGAGCUCCGAGGCCAAGAGGCAAGAGGCUAUGGAGUACGGCGCGUCGGAAUACCAUGUCUUUCGGGCGGAAAGCCCUCUCCAGUCAUUUAAGCCAUUGAAGCAUCUUUUGCUUUGUGGGAGUGCUGGUGUGAAGUAUUCUUCAAUCCUACCUCUCAUGGAUAGCCCUAGUGCUAUUUAUCCCCUGACUGCAACUUUUGAGCCCUCCCCGAUUCCUACAUUGGAGCUAUGCCUCAAGGGCUGUAAGAUCCAGGGCUCCUUGGUUGCUUCCCGUCAGAGUACACAGGCACUUUUCGAGUUUGCGGCGAAGAAGCAGAUUUAUCCAACUAUAAUGACCUUUCCGUUCACUAGCUCUGGCAUAGAAGAGGCGAUGAGCCAGUUGAGAGAUGGAAAGGUGCGCUAUAGGGCUGUGCUCAUUCGGGAGACAUAG